UGCAUCGAAGGAAACUACUUGAUUAAACAUGUAUCUGCCGUGCUUUUUUGUUGCGCUGUGUAUUUUGCAUUUUAACAAAGUUUUAAGUCAAGAUCCCGAGGUGUGUAAAGCAAUGGGGGAGCAGAACGGUACCUGCGUCCCCCUGCCUAUGUGUCCCCAAUAUGUGUUACUGCUGAAAGACCCGGAGACCAUCCAAUUAGGACUGAAAAUCACCGAGGAGUUUAAAUGCGGUUUUGAAGGUAAUAGUGUUAAAAUAUGCUGCCCAUUUGAUGGUAGCAACGAGAGUGACCACCUCGUAAGUUUUAAAGCAGAUGAUGAUGAUUUUGUUGAAGAAUUCCCCUCAAACUGCGGGUCAACUGAUACUAAACGACUUUUUUGCAAAUAUGAAACUUCGUUUUUACUCGCAUCAAAGCCUGCGUAUACAGCCAUUUCUCGCUGGAUGGCUCUGCUGGGAUACAAAGAUGGCUUGCGAUGUGGAGGCUCCCUCAUAACCCAACGACAUGUCCUCACUGCUGGACAUUGCAUCACGGACUCCUUGUACGUGGUACGUUUUGGCGUGAUAAAUUUAGUAGAAAAGACUCGUUUCGUCAAACAUCCAAAAUCUAGGGACUAUCCAAUAAAAAGGACUAUACUUCACGAGGAAUUUUUAAAAUCAUAUUCAAACACCGCCAACGAUAUUGGAUUGGUUGUGUUAGCAGAAGACGUUCAAUUUACAGAAAACAUAAGCCCAGUGUGUUUGCCACUACCUACCUAUUAUAGAAGAAAUAUAGAAGGUGUAACUCAUGGAACUGUGACAGGUUGGGGAGAGACUGAGAGUGGGAGUUUGUCAUCCAAGCUCUUAUAUUCAUCGAUGAAGCUGUACGAUAAUGAAGAGUGUAGAAAAAUAUAUAAGCACUAUUAUACAAUAGACGAGCGGGUGCUGUGCGCAGGAGAGCAUGGGACUGACGCGUGUCACGGGGACAGCGGGGGACCGCUGGUGUGGCUGCAGUGCGUGGGACCCAAAGGCGACGAUAUGCCUUAUGAUGGCAUCGACCUGUAUUUCCAAAUCGGAAUUGUCUCAAGCGGCUUCGCAUGUGAGUAUAGUGCGUUCAGAGGCGUAUAUGUUAACGUUUCAUAUUACGUGCCGUGGAUAGAAGAAAAGGUGCUGGGGAGAACUACAAUAAAGAUAUAAAUUUAAGGUUAUAAUAUUGUAUUAUUUUGUUUAAUUAAGCCGGUGAAAAUGUUCAACUAAAGAGACUUGACAGUACAAUAACAUUGACCGAAUGGAUUGCAACAAAAAAAAAUGCAUUUUUUAUAAAACUGCUCAUGAAAAAUUUACUAUAAAGACGAAGUACUCCCGCCAGACGUGAUACUAAAUCCAUACUAACCCACAUCAAUGUAACUCACCAAAGAAUACUCGUCUAACUCACUCGCGGCUGUAACACUUGGUUCUAUAAGCCUAAACAACUGUAACAAGAUUCCCCAUCGGACUGACGAUCGGGCGUUAGGAAAAACGCGACAUGUGCGAGGAUACUAUACGUCCGACAGAUGUCGUCGGUUGUCUGCCAGUUAGGCAUUGCUCUUACGAUACUUAUCUAGAAAAAGAAGUAUGGGCAGCUUUAGAUAAAGUUAGGUAGUACUUAGAAAUUUUUGGAACAGCAAACAUAGCCAUUGUAACGCCGCGUUGAGUCGAGUAUUUUUGGACAUAAUUUUCCCAGAGUACGAAAUUAAUAAGAUAUGAUGCGAUCUUGCUACUUGUUCUCUUAGCUAACCCUUCAAAGGCAUGUUGUAUAGGCAUAUUUUUGGCAAGCUCGGUCCACCAUAUCACAUCUGCACUCCCUCCAACUCCUAUCCAAACUUUUACAGAUAAGUAAGGUGUCGUAAACAGUGGGUCUUACAGUAACAAUAAGUGGACAAUUCGCGCUCCCGCGACAGACGCCGCGACCGUUACCGCGAUUUACGGCGAUCGAUAGUGGACAGCACGGAAACAUACGGGGAGGAACUUUGCGCAGGAAUUAAAACGCCACAACGGUUCUAGAAGUAUAGUUACCCUCUAGUCACUCUUUUCAAUCUGAU